AUGGGAGCGGUGGCUCGGGGCGCGCAGGUGGCGGCGCUCGCGCUGCUGCUGGGGGCGCUGCAGGGGGCGCCGGCCCGCGGCGAGGAGUACGACUACCACGGCUGGCAGCCAGACGUACUCAACGGCCGCGCGUUCUCCAAGCUGCCGCGGUGCGUCGACAUCCCCGCUGACAUGCAGCUCUGCCACAACGUGGGCUACAAGCGCAUGCGGCUGCCUAACCUGCUGGAGCACGAGAGCCUGGCCGAGGUGAAGCAGCAUUCGAGAAGCUGGCUGCCACUAGUGGACAGGCACUGCCACUUUGACACGCAGAUCUUCCUCUGCUCGCUCUUCGCGCCGGUCUGCUUCGACCGGCCCAUGUACCCGUGCCGCUCGCUGUGCGAGGCGGUGCGCGCCGGCUGCGGGCCGCUCAUGGAGGCUUACGGCUUCCCCUGGCCGGAGAUGCUGCAUUGCCACAAGUUCCCUCUGGACCACGACGUCUGCAUCCCUGUGCAAUUGGGGCAGCGAGCCCCCACCGGGCUUCCAGUGACCAAGAUCUGCAUCCAGUGUGAGAUGGAGCAGGGCACCGAUGGCCUCAUGGAACAGAUGUGCUCCAGCAACUUUGUGAUCAAAAUGCGCAUCAAAGAGAUCAGUAUGGAGAACGGGGACCGAAAGCUGAUUGGAGACCAGAAAAAGAAGAAGCUGCUCAAGCCAGGGCCCCUGAAUCGCGAGGACACCAAGAGGCUGGUGCUGUACAUGAGGAAUGGCGCAAGCUGCCUCUGCCCGCAGCUAGGCAGCCUGGCGGGCAGCUUCCUGGUCAUGGGCCGCAAAGUGGACGGGCAGCUGCUGCUCGUGGCUGUCUAUCGCUGGGACAGGAAGAAUAAGGAGAUGAAGUUCGCGGUCAAAUACAUGUUCUCCUACCCCUGCUCCUUCCACUACCCCUCCUUGUACGGGGCCACAGAACCCCACUGAAGGGAGCUCCUCUCUGCCCCACCAGCCAGCUGUGCCUUGCUCUCUGCCCCUGCCCCUGGGAACACACCCCCCUCCUCGCCCACCCUGGCCUCACCCCACUCCCCACUCACCCAGCCCCUGCUGGAGGGUCAUUUCCUGCCCAGCCGUUCCUGGCACA